GCCCCCAGGCUCACCUCUGGGAAGGUCUCCUCCUCUUCCCCCAGCAAUUUCUUCACUGCACAUGCACACAUUCACACCACAGCACCACCCACCACAGGCACAAAUCACCUGAAGAAGAUAUAUUCUCACCUGGGUCUUCAUGCCCAGCAGACUGAGACUCCUCAGCUGCUGUCCUCUUUGACUGUCUCUUUUCAUCAGAUUUUAACAAGUUCCAAGUCUUUGCAAGAAAACAUGGGGGUCAAAAGGCCUUGGAUUAAACUCCAGAAACUAUUCAACUGGUGGGUCGGAGAACAAGACUGGAACCAGCGCUUGGAUCAGCUUCACAUGCUACAGCAGAAGAGUAUUUGGGAGUCUCCACUGCUUAGAGCAGCCAAGGAAAAUGACCUGUGUACACUUAAGAAACUUCAGCUUGAACAGAACUGUGACUUCCAACAAAGAGGAGCUCUGGGGGAGACAGCGUUGCAUGUAGCAGCCCUCUAUGACAACCUGGAUGCUGCUAUGAUGCUGAUGGAGGCUGCGCCACACCUGACCACAGAGUCCAUGCUGUGUGAGCCUUUUGUAGGUCAGACUGCACUGCACAUCGCAGUCAUGAACCAGAAUGUGAACCUGGUCCGCGCUCUGCUAGCCAGAGGAGCCAGUGUCUCUGCCAGAGCUACAGGAUCUGCCUUCCAUCGCAGUUCCCACAACCUUAUCUACUAUGGAGAGCACCCUUUGUCCUUUGCUGCCUGUGUUGGCAGUGAGGAGAUUGUUAGGAUGCUCAUUGAGCAUGGAGCUGACAUCAGGGCCCAGGACUCCCUGGGAAAUACAGUACUGCACAUACUCAUCCUUCAGCCCAACAAAACCUUUGCCUGCCAGAUGUACAACCUGCUACUGUCCUAUGAUGGGGGAGACCACCUGAAGUCCCUGGAACUUGUGCCUAACCACGAGGGACUCACCCCCUUCAAGCUGGCUGGGGUAGAAGGCAACACUGUGAUGUUUCAACACCUGAUGCAGAAACGGAAGCAUAUCCAGUGGUCAUGUGGGCCACUAACAUCUUCCCUCUAUGACCUCACAGAGAUUGACUCUUGGGGUGAGGAGUUGUCCUUUCUGGAGCUUGUGGUGUCCUCCAAGAAGAAAGAGGCUCGCCAGACUCUAGAACAGACCCCAGUGAAAGAGCUGGUGAGCCUGAAGUGGAAGAAGUAUGGACAGCCCUAUUUCUGCCUCCUGGGUGCUCUGUACCUCCUCUACAUGGUCUGCUUCACUGCCUGCUGUGUUCAUCGCCCCCUCAAGCUCCGGGAUGCCAACCGCACACAUUCUCGAGACAACACCAUCAUGGAACAGAAACCACUACAGGAAGCAUAUGUGACUUACCAGGAUAACAUCCGGCUGGUAGGAGAGCUGGUGACAGUCAUUGGGGCUGUGGUUAUUCUACUCCUAGAGAUCCCAGACAUCUUCAGAGUUGGUGCCUCUCGCUACUUUGGACAGACAGUUCUCGGGGGCCCAUUCCAUGUAAUCAUCAUCACCUAUGCCUCCCUUGUGCUGGUGACCAUGGUGAUGAGGCUUACCAGUGUGAAUGGGGAGGUGGUGCCCAUAUCCAUGGCCCUGGUACUGGGCUGGUGUAGUGUCAUGUACUUCGCUCGAGGAUUCCAGAUGCUGGGCCCCUUCACAAUCAUGAUUCAGAAGAUGAUUUUUGGAGACUUACUGCGCUUCUGCUGGCUGAUGGCUAUGGUCAUCUUGGGAUUUUCCUCAGCCUUCUAUAUCAUUUUCCAGACGGAGGACCCAGAUAAUCUGGGGGAAUUCUCUGACUACCCCACAGCAAUGUUUAGCACCUUCGAGCUUUUCCUCACCAACAUUGACGGCCCAGCCAAUUACAGUGUGGAUCUGCCCUUCAUGUACAGCCUCACCUAUUCUGCUUUUGCCAUCAUUGCCACACUACUCAUGCUCAACCUGUUCAUUGCCAUGAUGGGUGAUACUCACUGGCGAGUGGCCCAGGAGAGGGAUGAGCUCUGGAGAGCACAGGUUGUGGCCACCACAGUGAUGCUGGAAAGGAAGAUGCCUCGUUUUCUGUGGCCUCGCUCUGGUAUCUGUGGCUGCGAGUAUGGCUUGGGGAACCGCUGGUUCUUAAGGGUUGAGCACCACCAUGACCAGAAUCCUUAUCGAGUACUUCGCUAUGUGGAAGCUUUCAAACCUUCAGACAAGGAGGAGGUGCAGGAGCAGCUCUCUGAGAAACAGCCUUCUGGGACUGAGAUUGGAACUUUAACUAGAGGCUCAGUGGUCCCCCAAACACCUUCUUUGUCUAGGACUACAUCCCUAAGCAGCAAUAGUCACCGUGGCUGGGAAAUUCUUCGUCGAAACACCCUGGGACAUUUGAAUCUUGGACUAGACCUUGGUGAGGGGGAUGGAGAAGAGUUCUACCAAUUCUAAAGAGGAUCCUGUUACUGUAGACCUAGCCUGAGGUGGGUGUGGAAGAACGAACGGUUAUGGAGAGGAAAGGGAUAGGGAGAAGAGAGCUGCUUCUGCAAGAAUCUGACUUGUAUGGUUGAGAAUUGUGGGAGGAUAUACAAAGAAUAUCCUCUGAGGAACAAUAUUUAACCCUUCACAUUGCAGCAUUUGUGAAGAUGAGCUGUGGCCAUCCACUGCUGUACACAUCUCAUGGGUUCCUCCAAGGCUUCUAUCUUGAAAACUUGGCAACUGAGGAGAUGAGAUGGGUUCUAACUGAUCCAUUUGAUUGACAUCUGUGCUUAUGUCUUGAACAGAAUACACAAAGAAGUAAGCCACAAGACUUGCCUGGUUCCAUAAUGCUUAAUGUGGAAUCAUGAUGACAUCAAAGUCCUUCCUAAUUCCUUUCUGUUUUGGGGAGUUGCUUCCCAACUAGUAACCAAAUCCACUGUAGAAAGCUAUAAGAGGAAAAGCUCCCAUAUUCUGUUUCUCUUCCUUUUUCUCUUAUGUCAAAACUAUAUAUAGCAUAAAAUUUAUCAUUUCAACUAUUUUCAGUAUAAAGCACAGUCAGACUAUUGUAUAACCACCACUACUAUUCAAUUAUAAAAGUUUUUCAUCUUCAGACACUGAUACUCCUAUUCACUGAAAAAUAACUCUCCGCUAUUCCUUCUCUUUACUCCUCAAUAAUCAUUAUUUUACUUCCUGUAUAGGAAUUUAUUAUAGGUGCUUUAGUUAAGUGGGAUCGUAUAAGUCCAGUUUCAUUGUGCUUGCCUUGUUUUGUUUAGUAUAAUAGUGUUAAGGUGGUUUUUUUUUUUUCUAUUCUGUAAAGGUAUCAGAAUUUCAUUUCUUUUUAAGACUUAGUAGACACACACCUUACUUCAUUCACCCAUGUCUGCCAAUGGGUGUUUAUAGGUUUCUUAUCUUCUGGUUAUUGUGAAUGUUGCUACUAUGAAGAGAGUAUGCGUGUCUGUAAUUAUCUUUGUUUUUAAUUCUAAGGUAUUGGGGGAAUUUAUAUGCCUAGAAAUUGAACUGAUGGAUCACAUGACAACUCCAUGUUUUAUUCUUUAAACUGCCAUACUGUUUCUCAUAGUGGCUUUCAGCAUUUUAUUGCUCCUGCUAGCAGGUGUAAAAUGCCAUCGCAUUGUAGUUUUGAUUUCCCUUUCCCUAAAGACUGGGGAUAUUGAGUCUCUUUUCAUGCUCUUAUUUAUGGAGCAGUUUUUAUCACUGCACUGCCUUCUAAUUUUCAGAGGCUCAGAGUCUGAGGUAUUUGCAUCUCACUAGUAUCCUGGUGUGUUUUAUGAGUGUCUUCCUUUGUUUGAAUGGCCCAAACAUUUCUUCUAUAGUACCUUCUCUCUUCUAUUCCUUAACUACUCCUUUGCAAGUAAUCAUCCUUGAUCCUGAAAACACAGGCUCCCGUUUUAUCUUGAGGCUGCCAUGAUCCACAACCUUCUCACUUCACUUUUACACUAGAUUGUGAAGUAAACAGUAGUAAUCUAGAUCUGGCCAUUCCUAUGUAGAGUGGAACUUGGGACCAAGUAUCAAGAGCAUCCAUUACAGAUGUUCAUGUAUUGACUCUUUGUCUCCAAUCCUUAUGCCUCAUCUCAGUCAAACCAUCAUCUCAGUUAGAAAGAAAAAAGUGCUGUUGCUGUUGGAAUAGUAAAAAUAAAUAAGUAAAAUUUGGGAAAUUUCAGACAGGUCCAUUCUAAUACAUAUAUUCAAAGCUGUAUUCCAGCAAUGAAUUAUCACAAAAAAUGCUCAGACACUUUUGGUGGUAUGGAACUUAAUAAGGCCGAGUCAUGACUAAGUUGUAUUCUCUUUCAUAGUAGAAGCACUUCCAUCUUAUGUGUAAUUAAACUUCAUCUGUGUUCUAGACUGUCCCAGGUCCAGCUCCUUCUGCAUUUUCAGACACUAGUGAUGUGGUCAUCACUGUGUCUUCUGACCCUUCCCAUUUGUGUCAUCUGUAACCUUUACUUUUUCCACCAACUCUGACAUCAAGUACGUUGUAUUAUUACACGUCUUCAAAUCCACCUUUCCUUUUGACAGCUGCCCUAUUGUUUUUACUCCCUGUUCAAAGCCAAACUUCUUAAGAGUCUAUUCCACUAUCUACGGGCUUUUUUGUUCACUGAAGUAUACUAGUCUCUGUGUGUAUGCACAUAUGAAAGAGAGAAAAAACAAGGGGGAAGCAGAAAGAAGGGACAGUAGGAACAGGGGAUUUAAGGGAAAAGGGAAGAGGAAAAAAAGAAAGAUGAGAGAUAUGUCAGGGGAGCCCCCCAUAGUGGGUCUCUGGGUGUGACUUUUGGAAGCUACCCAUGAGUGAUGCCCUCUGUGAGAAGCAUUUGGGUGAGCUACUAGUUUCUGAAGUCUAUCCUCAAUAGCUCCAGAGAAGGAGAGAAAAUCCAGAGUGCUGAAGGGUUAAAACAGGGAGCAGAUGGUUAUGUGUUGCCUGCUUCAUGGGCUAGAGAUAAAAAUGGAAGGGGAUGGGGUAAAGAAGAGAGUAAGAGGAACUGGGUUGAUCUUGCCUGGGGAACUGUCCCAGUAAGGUUUCCAUAGCCCUCUGCAGCCCUGCCCCCUUCCAAGCUUCUUCUGAAGAGAAUGUAGAAAAUGCUUGCUUCUGCAUGCCUCACAAGCCAGAGGCAGGGGAGGGAUGGGGAUGUUUUGUUCGUACAGGUGUCACAGAACUUAAAAGAAAAAAAAGAUAUUUUUUCUCAGAUGUUUACACAGUAUGUUACUGACUUGACAUGAGUCUGGUGAGGAGGGUGCGCUGCACCUGAAAAAUGGCUCUGUCUUCACUCUUGAGAGAAAAGGCCAGAGAUCAGUUUAUCUCCAGUGGGGUUGGUAUACUCAAAGAAAUUCAAGAUAGAAUAUGAGGGACUAGACCUGCAGGAGUUUGGCAUCACUCUGAAAAGCUCAGAGAACAUUGUGGUGUGGGGUCAUGAAUUAUUUACCUCUCUGUCCAAGGCAUACUUGUUUCUUAUGGGUUAGUGGAGAAAUGGUGAAAAGCCAUCCAAGGAAAAAAACUAUUGACCAGGUGAUAUGUAGAGUCACCCAGUGGAAGAGCUUAGGCUGUGUGGUCCCCUCUCUGUGCUUGGCAAAGCAGUCCGGCAGGAGCCACCUGGGGAAGGGCUGGACUCACCUUCUUAACUCUGCUUGUAGGUCUUCUUUGUCAUCCCAGGAUUGAAGAGGUGGCAAUUAGAGCCAAUUGAGCCUGCGGGCGUGGAGGCUUAUGCAAGGAUGAGCUGCAGCUGGAAAUAGAAUGUGAGUCCUUUUCUACCCAAGCAUUGACAGGUAGAAGGUUUCUGCUUAGUGAUUCCUUAGGAGAAAUAUUUUUCAAUCAAAUUGCCCUUCCUUCUCUGCCUUCUGGACCCAAAGUCCUGACGCUUAACAAUGAAGUCAACUAUGGAGCUGGCAAUGCUUUCAUCACAACAUCAUGACCCCUUCUCCGAGUUCCACUGUGGAUUUCUGGCCAGUGACCACCUUAGGUCCUAGUCAUAUCUAAGGCCAUCUCGGUUGCAGUUGCUUCCUUUCUUGUUCCUAUGAAAUGAGUCCUCUGUAGAGCUGAGUCUUUCAGGAAUAAUAUACUCAGAAAUAGACUUACUUCCAAACCCCAUAUCUGCUAAUGGGAUUAACUGAAGGAACUUGGAUAGAAGUCGGUGAUUAUCUUGAUUUCUGACUUGUCUACCUGGCAGAGUUGAGAUGACAAAAUAGUAUCAUGCAUGUGAAAGCGUGCAGACGAAGAUUUUAUGAUGCAAGGAGGCAUUGCAAUGUCUUGGCCUGUGCCUGGCUCUGUCUAGUCUCAUUCCCUCUGUUUUGUUUUGUUUUUCCCAGCUCCCAGUUGUUCCUGAAUUCAAGGCUAUAAAGGAAAAGGAAUAAGAAUGAGAAUGAAAUAUCAAAGAAAUAUCAGGAAAAUGUUCAUGGCUCUGUCCCUCUAAGCUUUUCUUAAGACCUAGGGUCAAAAAAUAUAACUCCUAUAGAUAAUUAUCUCCUCUUUCAAGGGACUCCUUAGACACAGGUCCUCUCCUAGACCCUCAUUUUUACCACUCCCCUGCCCAUAAAAAACAAUUUCAGAGAAGGUAGCUGCAAAGGAGGGCUACGACUAAUUAUACUUCUUUUCCUCUCGCAGAACUCUCCUCAUUUCUUCUCCUUACACGGACAAAAUUGGGUCCUUAAACCACAGUCCCACAUGUCAAGGAUCACGUCUUAGCACUAGGUCAUAGGUCCCUAGGAUGGGGUAGCUCACAUCGGAAAAGGUGGCAGUAGCUAGAGACACAGGUGCCUUUGCUCCAUGCACCCCGCCCUCCUCUUCCCAACUGCUGCGCCCUGCUCACAUCCAAGACAAUAAAUCUUUCAGAAGCAGAUGGCCAGACACUUCUUUGUAUGUGAACUGUGGACUGACCAGCAUCUCCAACUCCCAUGGAUUCCUCUUCUCAUUAGUUCCUGCCACAUUCUGGUCUCUUUCUUCCCCACUGACCUAACCUUACCUUGGAAAGUAAAUACACACACUAAAUGAUUUUUAAGUCCCUUGGCACAGUUUGUUUUUCACAAACCAUAGUUCAACUCUAUGCCAAGUGCACUAGUGGGAAGAAAGAAGCAUACAGUGUGGUUUACCCCCCCCUUUUUUUUCCGGGAUCUCAAAGUGGAGGAAACAGGAAAAUGAAGGAAAGCUGUUCAUGUUGUCGGUAGCUGUGCAUUAUGAGAAGAAGAGAGGUGGGACACACAGUCUGGAGUGUUGAAUCUGGUUGCAAGGUGUGCAAAGGAGAUAAUACAGCAUUUGGACUGCAUUUCGGUGGAUGAGCUGGUGCUUAAAGGGUAGACCACUUGGAGAGGUGGUUCUCAAUCUGUGGGUCGCUACCUCUUUGGGGGGACUGAAUAACCCCUUCACAGGGUUCCCCUAAGGUCAUCAAAAGCACAGAUAUUUACAUUACAAUGUAUUACAGCAGAAAAAGUACAGUUUUAAAGUAGGGAUGAUCUGGUAGAAAAGCCUAUCAGGGAAAUAACAUACUUAUUUAAGCCAAGUAUUUCUUCUGUGCCUGCAAUUGUGCUUGAUUGUUAUAUUUAAACAGUCCUCAGGAUGAAUGAGGGAAGAUAUAUGCAGUGAGUGUUACAGAAACUUACUUGUAUAGGUGGUAACAGCCUAAGUUUAGACCUGUUCUCCCCGGAAACAGAACGGUGAGUUUGUUCAUGGGAGUUAACAUGGUCUCCAAAAGGGCUCUAGUACAGAAGAUUGCUUCUGAGGGAUAAGGGAUAAAAACAAGUUAUUUAUUACUGUACAUUUAAAAGGGGCCAGGUGCCCUGUACACCUGUCUCAUCUAAUUCCCAUAAGGCUAUAAGUUAGCUCACUAUACUCAUUCACAAACAGGUAUUGAAGGGGCAGAGAAAGGUGAGUUUCUUGCCAAAGGUGAGAUGACUAUUACUGUGCUCAUUUUGUGGACAAGGAAGUUGAGUCUCAGACAGGUGGACUAUUUGCCCAAGAUCACCCAACCAGAAAUUAGCUGAAUCUGACUUUACACUCAAAUAUAUCUGGCCUCAAAGCCAGUGCUUUGAUUAUAAGACAGGCAGCCUGAGAAGAGACAGCUCUGACGUCUGUCAGAAAGCUAUCUCUUGAAAUCAUCAGUUUCAAGUACUUCCAUCCAAGCAAAGGUGAUAACGCAAGAGGCUUGCAUUCCUACUGCACUUUAUAGUUUAUAAAAUCUUUUCAUGUCCAUUAUCACCUUUAAUCCCAACAACAGCCCUAUAAAGUUCACAGGGCAGGACGAAUGUAAAGACAAGGAAGUCAAUUCUCAGGCUGUCCAGUUGAGGUCAUAGGCCUGAACAGAUCAGAGCAAGAAGAUAAUCCAGGGCUUAUGGACUCCUGGAAAGACUUAUCUCCCUUGUCAAUAUGGACAGGUGGACAUCCAACCCAGGCAUAUGGGACACUACCUUCUCCAAAAAUUCUAAAACCCAGGGACACUUUGAAGGUAUACUAAGAUCAGGGGUACUUCUCACAAGAAUGUGCUUCAGUAGCAUGCCCUCCGUAAUGGGCAGAUGACCUUGGUGACAAACCCACGCACCGGUGAUUUCAAUAUUAGCUCUCACUGAUAGUGCUAUUUUCUGGUGGUUUCCCUGUAUAUGCCCAUGUACAAGGGCAUAUGGCCCAACCCAGACAGUGAAAGACUUCUCAGACCUUGUGACCCCUUGGAGAAAGAAAGGAAGGAAGCAAACGAAAGCAAAUGGGAGCCAAGUGUGACAGUUGUCCCCAUGGCAGCAUGAGGCUCUGUGAUAAUGUGAUGGCAGUGAGGACAGGUCCCUUUCAAGAGCUCAUUGCAUACUCCACUUGAUGCCCAGCUAUGGCAUGUUCUGUUCCUAGCCCCUAUAGCACCAUGCAUGCUUCGUUACACCUGUGCUGAGUAAGUACAGGGGACAUGUCCAGCCAUCCAUAGCCAAGUGUAUAUAGAGAUGUAUACAUGGGACAGUUCCUUGUCCCUUGUCCUGGAAUUGUGCCUGGUGGCAGGGAGGAGACAGGCAGGAGUUGCAGAAUAACUAAGGUCUCCCUCCUCAUGCACCCAGCCUUCUCACUAUUUCCUGUUAUUUUAGUGACUGACCAGGGACCUCACAUUAUCUGCCCAGGUAGCCCCAGAAUUGCCCAACAGCCACCUAGAGAAUGUGCUGUUUGGCUUCAGGCCCUGCCUUGUUCUUAGCUGGGUCACCUUUUCUUGGCCCCCUGGUUGAUGCCUUUUCACUUUCCUUUCAGUCUCCAACCACACCCUGCUCAGGUAUCUACCCUAGAAUCUCUCCAGGCCCUUGUGCCCCAGCUUGGCGAUAACUUGCAGUUUGGAACAUGCUGACAGUGAACCUCCAGAUUCCUUUUCAUCACAGGUAGAGCUGCAAUCCCUCACUAAUGAGACUUGCAUCUUGAUUCCAGAGCUCAAAAUCUUCCCCCAGCCUCAGAACUGCUUUCCCUGCUUCACACAUUUCCUCCUUCUCUGUGUUGUCUUUUCCCUAUCCAUCCAUGCCUUUGCCUCAGACCUCUUAGACCAGUAUCAUUGAGAAGAAGGAAGAGAAGGAGGAGGAAGAGGAGGAGGAGGAGGAGGAAGAAGAAGAGAAAUUCCUUUUCACAGUUUUACACUUUCUAUACACAUUAAACAAUCACCCCCACUCUUUAACAAGUCUGGCAUUUUGCUUUGUUUUAUGACGGAGGUGAUGGGGUAUUUAGGUGAGUACUUGUGUUGAAUAAAUAGAAUUUGAAAGAGUUCUUAUCACCGGCUGCCCUUUCACUGAGUUUGUUAGGGUGGAGAAAGAAAAAGAAUAAGUGCAGGUGGGAACAAAUCAGAGAAGGAUUAGUGAUAAAAUGUGCUUCUGAAAGGCUGUGUUAGAAACAAAUAAACACUUUUCAAAGGGGGGUGGUGGAUUUGAGCAGCCACAAUG